AUGGAUUACCCCGAUACCCAGCAGCGUUUGCUGCAUACCGGUUCCUUCACCGGCCUCCGCCCAAUGGAGAAUUUGCACGGCUACUUCAAACCCAAAUCGCAUCCCUUCUGCGCCGACCCCGAAGGAUGGGGCCCUCUCAGCCCGAUUCGCUACGACUUCACGCCUUGCUUCAUUGAUGUUUGGAUCGGGUCCGUUGCUGUCUUUAGCUUUCUAUUUGGCCCUCUAGCAAUUUGGUAUCUUCGUGGCAAGAACGACAACAAGACGCCCAAGGAUGCUGGCUACUGGCUCAAGCAGACACUCUUUGGAGUUUUAACCGCAUCUGUUCUCGUCCAGCUUCUCUUCCAGGUCAUGCAAUCCAACCGUCUCGACUUUCGCAUCGCCACCACAUUGCUGCUACUCGCUUCCUUCGUCGUCAUCUUCUAUAUCCAACACAUUGAGCACACUAGGAUCAGACACGCCAAUGGCGUCGUCCUUUUCUACUGGCUCUUUCUCAUGAUUGCACAGAGCGUCAAGCUUCGCUCUCUCAUCUCCCAGCAGCUCUACGUCCAUGAUCAACCCUACUUCAUCUCCUACUGUGUUGGGUUCGGCCUCUCUGCCGCCGAGUUCCUCGUUGAGUGGCUGUGGCCUCGUUUCGGGACCCCCAGCGACUAUCAUGCCAUUACCGACGAGGAUGAGUGCCCAGUCGAAUAUGCAACAGUCUUCUCCAUGCUCACAUUUUCUUGGAUGACCCCUAUGAUGCGUUUUGGCUACAAGACUUUCCUCACCGAGGACGAUCUCUGGGCUCUUGCCAAAGCCGACAAGACCAGCACGACUGGGCAGAGAUUUAGUGAUGCAUGGGAUCAUGAGAUGAAAAGUAGACCCAAGUCUCCUUCUCUUUGGCUUGUUCUCUUCCGUGCUUACGGAGGCCCUUAUGCCGUCGCAGCCAUUUUCAAGAUCUUGAAUGACAUGUCACAGUACAUUCAGCCUCAAUUACUUCGUCUGCUGCUCAGAUGGGUCCAAUCUUAUGAGACUGAUUCGCCCCAACCUGUUAUCAAGGGUGCCGCUCUCGCACUCGCCAUGUUUGCAUGUGCCAUUUUCCAGACCACCAUGGUGCACCAAUACUUCCAGCUUGCCUUCGAAACUGGUAUGCGCAUCAAGGGUGGCCUCGGCUCCAGCAUCUAUCGCAAGGCGCUCAAACUCUCCAACGAAGGUCGCUCCACCAAGUCGACUGGUGACAUUGUCAACUACAUGGCUGUCGACGCUCAGCGCCUUCAGGACCUGACACAGUUUGCCCAGCAGGCUUGGUCUGCUCCGUUUCAAAUCAUCAUCUGUAUGGUCUCCCUCUACAGCCUCGUGGGAUGGUCUAUGCUUGCGGGUAUUGCCGUCAUGAUCAUCAUGAUGCCCAUUCAGGGCUAUGUUGCAAGACUCAUGAAAAGGCUUCAGAAGGAACAGAUGAAGAACAAGGAUGCCAGAAGCCGUCUCAUCAACGAAAUCAUCACCAAUAUGAAGAGUAUCAAACUUUACUCUUGGGGCUCGGCCUUUAUGAACAAGCUUAACUUUGUGCGAAAUGAACAGGAGCUCAAGAAUCUCCGCAGGAUCGGUGCUACUCAGGCUAUUGCCAAUUUUACCUGGAACACGGCUCCCUUCUUCGUAUCUUGCUCAACCUUUACAUUUUUUGUCCUCACCCAAAACAAGCCGCUGACGACGGACAUUGUCUUCCCUGCUCUCGCACUCUUCAAUCUUUUGUCUUUCCCCUUGGCCGUCCUACCCAUGGUUAUCACAUCCAUUGUCGAAGCCUCUGUCGCUGUCGGUCGUCUCACCGACUUUUUCAACGCCGAGGAAGUUCAAUCCGAUGCCAUCACUGUUGGACCUGCUCCUACCAAGCUCGGCGAGGAGUCUGUCAUUAUCCGCGACGCCACCUUUUCCUGGAACCGCCACGAGGAUAAGAAUGCCCUUCAAGAUAUCAACUUCACCGCUUACAAGGGCGAGCUCUCUUGCGUUGUUGGCCGUGUCGGUGCCGGUAAAUCAUCCUUCCUCCAGAGCAUCCUCGGCGAUCUCUGGAAGGUCAAAGGUCGCGCAGAAGUCCGCGGCAAUGUGGCUUAUGCAUCCCAGCAAACUUGGGUGCUCAACGCCACUGUCAAGGAAAACAUUGUAUUUGGUUACCGCUACGACUCCGAGUUCUACGAAAAGACUGUCAAGGCUUGUGCUCUUCUCGAUGACUUUGCCCAGCUCCCCGAUGGUGACGAGACAGUCGUUGGUGAACGUGGCAUUUCCCUGAGUGGAGGACAAAAGGCUCGCGUUUCUCUCGCCCGAGCCGUGUACGCUCGUGCUGAUAUUUACCUACUUGACGACGUUCUGUCUGCCGUUGACUCUCAUGUUGGGCGACACAUCAUUGACAGCGUCCUCGGACCCCGCGGCUUGCUUGCUUCCAAGACCCGCAUCCUUGCUACCAACUCCAUCCCCGUCUUGCGCCAGGCAAGCUACAUUACUCUCCUCCGCGAUGGUGAGAUAGCUGAGCGUGGCUCCUACGACGAGCUAGUGGCCAAGAAAGGUCUCGUCGCUGACCUUCUACGCACUUCAUCUCAGGACUCCGACAAUGCUUCUGGAUCUUCCACGCCGCCUUCGAGCGAAUCUACCAUCCUUGGUGCCGACAGCAGCCAGGAUAAGGAGGAGCUGGAAGAGGCCAAGGAAGAUGUUCCUGAAUUGGCCUCUAUCAAGACUGCCAAGAUGGGACUCGCUGUGACUGACAAGGGUCGCUCUGGCAGCUUAGCUACUCUGCGCCGUGCCAGCACAGCAUCUUUCCGUGGUCCUCGCGGCAAGCUUACCGAUGAGGAGGUGACCCCCAGUCGCCGUACCUUGCAAAAAAAGGAAUUCGUCGAACAGGGCAAAGUCAAGUGGUCUGUCUACGGAGAAUAUGCCAAGGAGAACAAUGCGAUUGCCGUCUUUGUCUAUCUUACUGCCCUCCUCGCUGCUCAAACGGCCAACAUUGCUGCUGCUUUCUGGCUGCAGCAUUGGGCCGAUCAGAACCGUGACAAGGGCACCAACGAGAAGGUUGGCACGUACAUUGGCAUCUACUUUGCGAUUGGUAUUUCGUCUUCUGCUCUUACUGUCGUCCAAACCUUGGUACUUUGGAUUUUCUGCUCCAUCGAAGCCUCGCGCAAGCUGCACGAGCGCAUGGCCAACGCAAUUUUCCGUUCUCCCAUGUCCUUCUUUGAUACCACCCCCACUGGACGUAUCCUCAACAGAUUCUCCAGCGAUAUCUACAAGGUUGAUGAGAUUCUUGCUCGUGUCUUUAACAUGCUCUUCAACAACGUUGCGCGCUCUGGAUUCACCAUUUUGGUCAUUUCUUACACGACACCUCCGUUUGCAGCAUUCAUUAUUCCUCUAGGUCUGGCGUAUUACUGGAUCCAGCGCUACUACCUCCGCACUUCGCGUGAGCUGAAGCGCCUUGACAGUGUCAGUCGCAGUCCUAUCUACGCUCACUUUCAGGAGUCUCUUGGCGGCCUCACCACAAUCCGUGCGUACCGUCAGCAGGAGCGUUUCCGCCUCGAGAAUGAAUGGCGUCUCGACGCCAAUCUUAAGGCUUACUUCCCGUCCAUCAGCGCCAACAGAUGGCUUGCUAUACGCUUAGAAGUCAUGGGCGCCGUUGUCAUCUUGGCCGCUGCUGGACUUGCCAUCAUUGCUGUUGCCAGCGGCUCUGGCCUCGGAGACGGCCCCAUUGGUCUUUCGCUGUCUCAAGCCCUGCAAAUCACCACUUCUCUGAACUGGAUUGUUCGACAGACUGUCGAGGUUGAGACCAACAUCGUCUCGGUCGAGCGUGUUCUCGAGUAUGCCGCGCUGCCCAGCGAGGCUCCCGAGGUGAUUGCCAACCACCGCCCACCUGUGGCCUGGCCUGCUAAGGGCGAGGUUGAGUUCCAUAACUAUAGCACUCGCUACCGUGAGGGGCUUGAUCUGGUACUCAAGAAUAUCAAUCUGCACAUCAAGUCGCAUGAAAAGAUUGGUGUUGUUGGUCGCACAGGAGCGGGCAAGUCGUCACUCACGCUGGCUCUGUUCCGUCUGAUUGAGCCUGCCAUGGGCUACAUCGGCAUCGACAACCUGAAUACGUCAUCCAUCGGUCUGCUGGAUCUUCGUCGCAGACUUGCCAUAAUUCCACAAGAUGCCGCUCUGUUUGAGGGCAACGUGCGCGAUAACCUGGACCCCGGACACGUCCAUGACGAUACGGAGCUAUGGAGCGUUCUCGAUCACGCUCGUCUCAAGGAUCACGUCAAGAAUAUGGACGGUGGCCUCGAGGCCAGAAUUACUGAAGGAGUGUUUUUCUCGCUAGGAUCGAACCUUUCCCAGGGCCAACGGCAGCUGGUGUCUCUGGCACGCGCGAUGCUGACUCCGUCCAACAUUCUGGUGCUGGACGAGGCGACGGCCGCCGUGGACGUGGAGACGGACGCGAUGCUGCAGGCGACGCUGCGGACGCCGCUAUUUGCCAACCGCACCAUCAUCACCGUGGCGCACCGCCUGAAUACCAUUGUGGACAGCGACCGCGUCAUUGUCCUGGACAAGGGCGAGGUGGUCGAGUUUGACACGCCCGCGGUGCUGUACAAGAAGCAGGGCCACUUUUACAGUCUCAUGAAGCAGGCGGGUCUCGAGGUGGAAUGA